ACAGGAUCCACAAAACACCAUUGCUAGUUUCAGUUUCCUGCUAAACCAAACCAUUCCUUUCUCUUCUUUCUCUCUGCUAAGCUCCCAACACAUUUCAACCCAAAAUAACAAAAAGCAUAAACAUGACUGAGUUAUCUUUCUCACACACCUCCAACAAGAAGAACAAUGAGCUCUUCUCUAACAUGUUCAAUCUCUGUUUCUCCGUUUUUUCUCACCCUCUUUACUUUUCCUACUUCCUGUUUUUCUCCCCUUACGUCUUCAGGCUCUUGUCUUUUCUCUCCCCUUUGUUCAUCACCACAACCCUUCUUCUCCUUGUUGCACUUCUCACCUUCACUCCCAACCUUCUUGUUCAAGAGAAAGUUGGUGGUUCUGAGAUUUCCGAGUCCAGAUGGAACUUUCUGCAUUCCGUGUUCCAAACACAUGUAGCAUGGCUGCUGUCUAAAGCUGAUGACAACAAGGAUGAGGAAAUCGGGUGCCUUGCGGAGUUUGAAGCAUAUCUUGUUAUGUUCCAGGCAUCAAUCUUCGAAGUUUUUGAUCCGAAGCCGGUGGAAGAUGGUUCAGAAGAAGUCUCUGAAGCACCACAUGAUGUGUGUUCAUGUGAAGGAAGACAAGUUUUCGGUUCAAUAAUGGAAGAGCCACUUGUUAACACAGAAGGAAACAAAGUUGAGAAGACUGAUACAGUGGAAGCUACUCUGCUUGUUGCCGAAAUCAAGACACUAGAAAUCUUGUUCAAGCAAAAUUCUGAGUUAGUAGAAGAUGCGUCUUGUCAAAAGGAAAAGAAAGAAGAAAAAGAAGUGGAUACUGAAACCAAUAAAGUUGAAGAAAGUGAAAGAAGAUUGUCAUUUCGGAAUGGAUCCAAAGUGAGUGGUAGUGUUGACAGUGACCAUGGUGCAGCGUUGUUGAAAGUGAAGAAAUCGCAACAACUAGAAGCGAAUCCCGGGAGUCCUGAAAGCAAUUGGGGUUACAGUGAGAGGGUCAUCGGAAACAAUAUCAAUAAUUUUAAUAAUCUUGGCAGUUUUGGAUCAAUGAGAGUGGAGAAGGAGUGGCGGAGAACUCUUGCUUGCAAACUCUUUGAGGAACGGCACAAUGCUAACGGAAGCGAUGGGAUGGAUAUGCUUUGGGAAACAUACGAGACAGAGUCCAACAAGGUGGUUCUGCAGAAAAGCAACACAAAGAAGACAAAGAAGGCAGAUAUUGAGUGCAGGGUGGAGGAGGAUGAUGACGAAGACGAAGAUGAAAUGGAGGGUAAACUCUGCUGCUUGCAGGCUUUGAAAUUCUCAGCAGGGAAGAUGAAUUUGGGAAUGGGAAGGCCUAACUUUCUUAAAUUCUCCAAGGCCCUCAAAGGCAUUGGAUGGUUCCACCAUGUAGGCAAGCAUGGCAGAAAGGGUAACCACUGAAUUAGAUUCUUUGCCCCCUUUCUUUUUUGUUAUGUUUUUACCCUUUUUUUUUUCUUGUAACUUUGAGAAUACUUAAAAACUUGUGUACUUCCUUGAAGACAAGAAGUAAAUAUUUUAUAUUCCAAUA